GAAAUGGGAACGUCUUCCAGAGGGCACGAGGUGAAUGUUGUGCUCAAGAAUAUCUUUGACGUUGUCUGUGGGGCUUUGGCCUACUACAUGGUGGGCUAUGGCAUUUCAUAUGGCCGACCAUCAAACUGCUUCAUGGGUCUGGGCGAUUUCUUUGUGGAUGCCAAUGAUGGUGACCAUUCAGAUACGGGGCUGAUCCACAGCAGGUAUGUUUUUCAAUUCAGUUUUGCUGCCACAUCCACGACGAUAGUCAGCGGAUGCCUGGCAAUGCGAUGUCGUUUUCUGGU